GGAGCCAAGCGGUGCGGCUCUCUCAAGGCAAAGGCUGCACGUGCGCGGCGGGGCCAGUGCGCGGCACUGAAGUCGAGCUCGGGCUGCCAGCCCCGGGCCCGCCGGUGCCAUGGACGGCCUGCGCCAGCGCUUCGAGCGCCUUCUGGAACAGAGGAACUUGGCCACAGAAGCACUAGGGGCGCUAGAAGCAAAGACCGGUGUCGACAAGCGGUACUUGGCCGCGGGAGCCACCACUCUGCUAAGCCUGUAUCUUCUGUUCGGUUACGGGGCAUCUCUACUGUGCAAUCUCAUCGGCUUUGUGUACCCCGCAUAUGCUUCGAUCAAAGCUAUCGAGAGUCCAAGCAAGGAGGACGACACUGUGUGGCUCACCUACUGGGUAGUGUACAGCCUAUUCGGGCUUGUCGAAUUCUUCAGCGAUCUACUCCUGUCCUGGUUCCCUUUCUACUACGUGGGCAAGUGCGCCUUCCUGUUGUUCUGCAUGAUUCCCGGGCCGUGGAAUGGGGCUCGAAUGUUGUAUCGUCGCGUCAUACGUCCGCUGUUUCUAAAACAUCACGAGGCCAUGGACAGCGUUAUGAGAGACCUCAGCGGGCGAGCCCUGGACGUGGCAGCAGGAAUAACCCGGGACGUCCUGCAGGCCCUGGCCCACAGCCAGACUCUCAUCACUCCAGUAGCUGUGGUGGAGGGCCCCCCACUGCCCUCAGAGCCAACCAUAGCCAAAGUAAACGUAACCCAGUUCCAGCAGGACAAGUGAAGUCCCUGCCCAGCCCCCGAGCAGGCCUGCCGAACAGACAGCUAAAAGACACACUGCAUCCCAAGUCCUCCAUGGAUCCCUCAACUAACUCCCCAGCGCAGACCGCCACUGUUCCGUCAGCCCCUGGGAGCUCCUCACGUACCACCUUAGGCCAAUCCCAGCCUCAGUCCCGGGCCACAGGCCCUGCCAGUGGCUCCAAGCUGUCUGGCAAGUCCCAGGCCCAGCAUGGGUUAAAAACCAGUUCUUCCAGCCAGCCCCAGGCCCCUGGCCAGCAGCACUCCCGGCCAUCCACCAGUUCCUUAGGGCCCUCCCAGCCAGCCCACCGAUCACCAGGCUCCUCGCAGCAAUCACCAGGCUCCUCACAGCAAUCACCAGGCUCCUCACGGCAGCCCAGCACCCCCUCCAAUCAGGCCCCCCCCACUGUGCUGUUCCCCAGUGGUACCAACAUCCCCGCGCAGCCCCCUCAAAAUACCUCCAGUGGACCAGAGGAACUGGCCCCCAAGGCCUCCAAGUCCAGCAAUCAUCAGAAAGGGUCCCCAACACAAGCCCCAACCAGUACCUCAGCUCCUGAGCUUCCUGUCUCUUGCCAAUCCGAGUCCUCUCUGGAUUCCACCUCAGAGUCUACCACUGAAGUCACCUGCAGCUGGCCCCGCCACUGCCCCUGGCUCCAGUACCUGCACUGCUGGAGGCUGAAACACCUGGCCUGCUAGGGGAAGGCUCAAUAAAGCACAUCUGGCCAA